UACAUGUUAACUGAGCCAACUUCAGGUUUUAUAAAUAUUAUGACUACCUAAUACGACAUUUUUUUUCACAGAGUGAGAAAAGUUUUACAUAAGUUCUUUCUCGUGGAUUAAACGACGUACAAAAGUGGGUGAAGUUUUAAAAAAAAUUCAAAUACAAAAUGGCUCUUCGUUUGCUCGGAAAUCCAUUGAAACGGACGAUUGUUCCAUUCGGUAAUCGCGCUGGCCAUUCAGUUGCAUCUGCAACACCGAAAAUUGGUCCAGACGGAGUACCAACAGAACAUCAUAUUUAUGGAACUCAGAUAGGCACUCGUGACAUCGUUGGUUUUGGUUGGAAUGGCUUCCCUACGUAUGCUGACCGUAGUGACUUUCCACUACCGGCCAUUCGUUGGAGAGAAGAAACACCAGAAAUCACUCUCCUUCGCCAAAAAGAGAAAGGUGAUUGGAAAAAGUUGACGAAGCACGAGAAGAAAGCACUCUAUCGUCACUCGUUCUGUCAAACUUUUGCCGAGUUUGAAGCACCAACUGGCGAAUGGAAACUGUGUGUUGCUGGUGGAUUCAUUGCUGCAUCAUUGGCUAUCUGGUUCGCAAUUUGGAUGAGACUUUAUGGUAAUUUAUUGGAGCUGUACUUUUAUCUUUUUAAAUCAAUUGAUUUAAUUAUAAUAAUUCUUUCAAUUUCAGUUUUGCCACCUUUGCCGGAGAGUCUUAGCGAGGAAUCACGUAAAGCUCAAUUGAAACGAAUGUUGGACCUUGGUGUUGGUCACGUUGACGGUAUUUCGUCGAAAUGGGACUACGAAAACAAGAGAUGGAAAUAAGUUUUAUAUACAACAGAACACACACAGUUGUUGUAAAUGAGAAAAUUGAAAUAAAUAAAAACUAUGCCAAGAA